AUGACCGCUAAUCCAAUCACGCUGAGUCUCGCCAUCAUUCUCGCUACAUUAGCAUCGGCAAAGCUGGUGUGGGAGCUCCUCUUCUCCCCGCUUCGAGCCUUUCCCGGCGAUGUCGACCGCAAGCAUCUGGCGUGGCACCAUAAAUGGGGCAGUGCCGUUCGUGUUGGACCGAACGCCAUCAGCCUCAACGACCCCGACUUGAUCAAGACCCUGUACGGAACCAAAAACCCAUGGCGCAAGAGCGACAUGUACCGCCCGAACGACGUCGUUGUCAAUGGCGCGCGCAUCCAGAACAUCUUCAAUACGCAGGACAAGAAGUUCCACGCCAAGUACGCCCGGCCCAUCGGUGGAUUCUGGACUCUUUCAAAGGUUCUCGAGCUGGAGCCUCUCUUUGAUGAGACUAUACGGUUACUGGUGAGCAGGCUGAAUGACGGAUUCGCGGAGAAGAGAGCUGUCUGUAUGAUGGACAAUUGGCUGGCGUACUUCGCAUGGGAUGCUGCUGCGAAUGUGAGCUUCGGACGGCACUAUGGCUUCAUUGAGGAGGGCGAGGACAUCGGCGGCAUCAUCAACGAGUCGACAGCGGGACUGAAGUACUUCAGCGCCAUCUCCCAGAUCCCCUGGCUCGAUAACUGGCUCGACAAGAACCCCUGGUAUCGCAUCGGCCCCAGACCACUCGUCAACGGGUUUCUCUAUACGGUUCGGAUCCUCAGCGAGUACCAGCAGCAGGUCGCCUCGGGCGCCGUCAAGCGCAAGAAGCAAGACCUCUUCAUUGACAACUACAAUGGCCUCAAGGAAAAGUACGACUUCGUCGACGACCAGCAGGUGAUUUACUGGCUCAUGCUGAACGUGCUGGCGGGCGGGGACUCGACGGCGGGCGCCAUGCGGCCCAUCUUCUACCACCUCGCCAAGAACCGCGACAAAUACGAGAAGUUGGUGAGGGAACUCGAUGGCGCAGAGCUUUCGUUCCCAGCGCAAUGGAAGGACUGCUCGAAGCUGCCAUACUUGGACGCUUGUGUCCGCGAGGCGUUCCGUGUUAACCCGGCAGUCGCACUGAUGCUCGAGCGGGAGGUGCCAGCCGAGGGCUUCACGAUCCCUGACGGACGGUUCAUCCCCGCCGGGACCAAGGUCGGGCUCAAUCCGGCGGUAGUGACGCGUGACAGCGGGGUCUUUGGGGAGUACGUCGAGAAGUACGUGCCUGAGCGUUGGCUUCAGAAGGAGGGUGAGAGUGACGUCGAUUUUGUAACGAGACUGCGACGAAUGCAGGAGACGACGGACCUGAUGUUUGGGGCGGGCAGCCGGGUCUGUAUGGGGAAGCACUUGGCGCGGCUGGAGAUGUACAAGCUUGUCGCGACGCUAUACAGCACGUUCGAUGUGAAGCUGGAGGACCCGCGGCACGAGUGGACGUAUUGCAACGCGUGGUUCAUGUACCACAGCGACAUGCCCAUGAUACUAACAGCAAGGGAAAAUUUUUCAUGA